AAUAAAAAUUUUUUAGGCGUGCCUGAAAUUCAUUAGUUUUAGUUUUUAGAGCAUUUCUGUUAGUUUAACCCUUUAACCUCUUCUGUUAGAAAAACCCUGAUGACAAGUGACAACUAACCCUACUCUCGCCGUCGCCGUCUGCCACUGCUCGCCUCUGCUUCGCCGCUUUGGCCUCUCCUCGCCGCUGUUCUGCUCUGCUCGUGCUUCUUUGUCGCCGCAGAUGAGCGAGCUUCUCUUUGAUGAUGUUUUCAAGGUAGAGAACAUAGACCCUGACGGUAAAAAGUAUGACAAAGUUUCUCGGAUUGUAGCACAGAGUGAGAAGCGUGACAUGCACAUGCUAUUAGAUGUGAAUACAGAGAUCUAUCCAAUGAACAAAGAUGAAAGAUUCUUGAUGGCUCUGUCUCCUUCUCUUGUUUUAAAUACCAAGGAUGGUCCAGUGCCAAUUCAAGACAAGUUUGAGUACAUCAUGCAUGGAAGGCUGUAUAACAUUACCAAUGAUGGAAGUUCAGAGGCUGACCUUGAAGUGGAGGUAUACGCUUCUUUUGGUGGGCUGCAGAUGAUGCUAAGAGGUCAUGCUUCACAUUGCGUCAAGUUUGCAGUUGAUCAGAAAUUGUUUAUACUAAUCAGGAAGAUUGAAAGUUGAAACUCAUGAUGAAUUUGAUCAGGGAUGAAAAGAUACAAUUUUGUUGCGGUUUUUCUCGUAGGAAUUUAUUUCAAAGGAAUAGUUAGAGGUUGGGUUUUGUCACUUUUGUGCUUGGAAUGUUUUAUCUCUAAGUGAUUUUGAGUUGCUUCAAAAGCAAAUUUAUUUUGAAGUUCUUGAGGUUUUUAUCUAUAUCUAUUAUAUCUAAUGGAAGUACGAGAAGAGUUGGUGACUUGAGGACAACUUUCU